GACAAAGUCUAAAGUUACCUAACAAUUUGUGAUUUUGGUUAGAGCUACUAUCUGAACAUUUGAUAAAAGAGUCAAUUGUUUGGUAAUAAGAAAUGGAUGAAAUAAUAUUUCGAAGUUCUCAAAGGCUUGAAAACGUUGAGAUGCAAGUCCAACUAGUGAGUUCGAAAAUGAAAGAUCUGAUAAAUGCAUAUUUACAACAAAGUAGGGCACUAAUAUACCAAGUCUGGAAUAGCACAAAAAUUGAGCACAUGAGACUCAACAUGAGAGAACUAUUAAAUUAUUUGUUAGCAGCUGCUCAUGAUUUCAAGGAAAAAGCAGUUGAUGUAGCAGAUCCCAAGAGGCUUUAUAUGUUCUUGAAAGCUUUUGUUGGAGGAAGAUGGUCAAAACGUGAAAUCAGUUUAGUUUGUAUUGGCUUUCUCUUUGGGGGACUAGUUGGUCUAACAAUAGGAUUAUCAGUUAGAAGAAAAGAAUCAACCAUCAGAUAUAUGGAAGCCGUUCAGCUCAAUCAGUAUCUGGGAAUUGAGUCAGUAGCGGUAGUAGAAGAUGCGAUUGCUCCUCAUGAAUGUGGCGACUAUGACGUUUUAAUCGAUGUGAAGGCGGCAUCGGUUCAAAUCAUAGACGCUGAAAUUUGCAAGGGUUAUGGCAAGACCCUUCGUAAAAUAUUACGUAGAAUUUUUAAGCAAUCUUCAUCGGAUCUGCCAGUCAUCCUUGGAAGAGACUGUACUGGAGUUAUAACGGACUUGGGAGAAAAAAUUAAAAGGUUGGAAAUUGGUGACGAAGUGUGGGCGACAGUGCCAUUUUGGUCACAAGGAACCUUAAGCCAAACCGUCCUGUUGUCCGAAAAUAGGGUAGCUAAAAAACCUAAAAACGUGGGUUUUGAAGGUGCCUGCAGCAUUCCUUAUGCUGGGAGUAUAGCUUUAUCUAUAUUGAACCAGGCAAAGUUAGAUGUGUCAAAUGCCGAAAAAAAGAAAAUUUUUAUUCAAGGCGGUUGCACUCCAGUAGGAUGUCUGUUAAUCCAAAUUUUAAAGCAUUGGAAAGCCGAAGUAGUUACCUCUUGUUGUGAAAGAGCUGUCCCUGUCGCCAAAGCUUUAGGAGCGGCUGAUAUAAUUACCUUGGAUACAUUGGAAGAAUUUAGAUCUAAAAUUUUUCUUGAACAUGAAUAUGAGAAUAAUGAGCAUUCUAACGACCAGGUGGAUUUAAUAAUGUUAAUUAAGGAACUUGAACUAAGGGGACAACAGUAUGAUGUUAUUAUUCUAACCAGAAAUGAUAGGUUUAACUGGAAACACCUAACUCGUUUUUGUAAAAAAGAAAAGAGUAUAUUUUCAUCCCUGCCCCCAGACUUAUUGUCAGAUUCUUGCGGCAUAAUUGGUCGGAAUUUACUGUCACUGUACAUUAAGACAAAGAUGAUAAUGCAGACCAUAUUGGGUGCUCCUCUAGACGAUUAUGAUGAAUGUCAUUUAUGUUACGAAACACUAAAUGACUUGACACAUGGUGUCGAAAACGGUUAUUUACAAAAUGUAGUGGAUAAAGUCUUUCAACCAAAGAAUAUUGAAAUGGCUUUAAAUCAUAUACAAUCUUCAAAAUCCAUUGGAAGUUCUGUUAUUACUUUUAGGUAACAUAUCAUUUAUUUUGUUGACUAAGAAUUUAGUGUCUCAGGGGAAACAAAACGAUUCUACUAAAGAAAACUAUAAUUAGUAAAAGUAUUGAAAAAUUCCUAUAAUCGGAGUAAAUGCUGGCUUUACUUUAAUAUUUAAAGAAUGCCUUAUCAAUUCUGGUCUUUAAAUUCUAAACACAAAACGCAGAUUGAAUCAGGUCCCACUCAGACAUUACGUGCAGGAACAUGAACUGCCACAUUAAAAAUAUCAGGUAAUUUUGAUUUUUUGUUAUCUAGCUAUUUAUUGAUAUGAAUAUGUAGCCAAUCUCUUUUGGGCAGGUUAAAUGUUGAAUAAUCUUAAAUUUAAAUGUUAAUUACAUGACUUAAUUGAUGUUCGGUCAAAAAUAUAUAUUGCUGACAAUAAAAUUUUGUAAUAAAAUCUGCACUUUUUUAUUGUGUGGUUAUUUUUUACUUUGUAAAUAUUUUUUCUACUGUCGUAUCUAAAAUGUCUUAUUAUACACCGAUCUAGCGUACGGAAAGUGUCAUUUUACCACGGCAAUUUAGUUAGCCAUGCAACUACAGCAUCCUGGGCCUGGCUCCUGUGCUCACGGCCCCGGAAAUGUCCCUUCCCUAAUGGCCCCACCAAAUCCUUUGUUGUUGCAUUGGUGUAGUAGAAAAUUUUUGUACUGAUUGUUCUCUUUUUUGGUGUAAAACUGUUCAAAGGGUUGAAAUGAAACAAAAAUUUAUAGCAUAAGCAUUUUAAUAAUUUUUCCCAAAAUAUAGUAUUUGUGGAGACAUUUCCUUG